AUGGUCUAUCCCGAUACUUUCAGAGGUUACGCCCACACCAAAGAGGGCACUAAGAACGUGGUUCCAGUUCUCAAGGAGAUUGAGUUCAAGCCCAAGGUUUUCGCCGAGCACGACGUUGAUAUCAAGGUUGUUGCCUGUGGUGUUUGUGGAUCGGAUGUCCACUCUGUUUGUGGAGAGUGGGGAUCCACCGACUACCCCUUGAUUCCCGGUCACGAAAUCGUCGGCCAUGUCGUCAGAGUCGGUUCGAAAGUCACUACUGUCAAGGUUGGUGACAGAGUUGGAGUUGGUGCUCAAAGUUUCUCUUGUUUAGAAUGUCCCGACUGUUUGGCCGAUAACGAGCCCUACUGUUUGAACUCGGUUGGUACUUAUGGUGGAAAGUACGAAAACGGUGACAAGAGUUACGGUGGUUACUCUGACUAUGCUCGUGUUCACGAACACUUUGUUUUCACUAUUCCCGAUAAUCUUUCUUUCGAGGGAGCUGCUCCUCUUUUGUGUGCUGGUAUCACUACUUACUCUCCUUUGGUUAGACACGGAGCUGGUCCUGGUAAGACUGUUGGUAUUGUUGGUAUCGGUGGUCUUGGCCAUUUCGGUCUUAUGUGGGCCAAGGCUCUUGGAGCUGAAGUUUAUGCUCUUUCUCGAUCCGAGUCGAAGAAAGCCGAUGCUAUCAAGCUUGGAGCCGACCACUACGUCGCUACUGGAGUUGACGGAUGGCACAAGACUGUUGAGAGAAAGUUUGAUUUCAUUCUCUGUUGUGCCAACUCUGCUGACAAUUUCGAUCUUAACUCGUACCUCAAGACCUUGAAGGUCGGUGGACAUUUCAUCAACGUCGGUCUCCCCGAGGACAAUUACACUGUCCACCCCACCAGUUUCCUCAAGAACGCCAGUUUCCUCGGUUCCUCCUUACUCGGCAGCAGAAAAGAGAUCCAAGACAUGCUCAAACUGGCCUCUGAACAGAAACUCGAGGCCUGGCACUCGACCAUCCCCGUCAACGAGGAGGGUGUCUACAAAGCCCUCGACGGCUGCAAAAGGGGCACUCCCAAGUACAGAUACGUCCUCACCAACUACGAGCAGGGCUUCACUCUCUAA